ACUAGUUUGAGUAAAAUAGCCAAUUCUUGACGGCAUUCAUCUCAAUGAAACCGUUAUAGGGUUAAGCCUUCGGCGAAUGGUGAUGCAUCUUGCAUUUCCCAGAUAUCAGUCGAAGCCGACGCCUCCCAUGAAAUGCGAUAGCGCGUGCUCUCUGCCUAUGCCAUUCAGCAUCCAGUUGACCCAGUCCCGUUUGAUUGUUCGGAUCGUGCAUUCGUACUAGCUUCUUACGUUUUUCCGAUUUUGCUUUCGUUCCAUAUUUUCGGGGGCGGUACCAUCGAAAAUCUCUCUCGAUGUCCCAUCCGUACGUUCGCAAUCGUGCUAACCCGGCACACCGCUUUCAAGAGGGUCACGAGUGUCAGCCCAUUCACACGAUCAAGGACCUGUUGGAGUUCGAACGCAAUCCAGUCAGCUGGCGGCAUCUGGUGCAGCCGAUCACUCCCCGGUCCCGAUCGAGAUAUCUUGGCGACCGCUACAAGGAGAUCGACUUCGAUGCUGGAGUGACGGACUUCGUGGACGAUCGCAGCCGACCGCAGGUGUUGCUAUGUCACGACUUCAAGGGAAACUACCUGGUGGAUCGGUUCAUCAACGGGACGACGGGACAGGAAUGGGUGGACUAUCGGUUCUACAACUGGGCCGCGGUGGAUAUCUUCUGUUACUUUAGUCACAAUUUUGUGACGAUUCCGACGUUGCAGUGGUUGAAUUGCGCUCACAAAAAUGGAGUCAAAGUUAUCGGCACCUUCAUCGUUGAGGGCGGCAAUGUUGAAAAGCUGAAGGAUAUUUUGCAGUCGGAUGAGUUUAUGAAGCAGGUCGCCGACGCGUUAAUUACCGUUGCGAAAAUUUGUCAGUUCCAGGGCUGGCUGUUGAACAUCGAGUGUGCCCUGGAGGAGGAACAGAUGACACGCCUCAAAGACUUCGUGUCCUAUUUGACUAGGAAGUCGCACGAUCGCAUCCCCGACAGCCUGAUCAUCUGGUACGAUUCAAUCACCGAGAAGGGUAUCCUCAGUUGGCAAAAUGAGCUGAACAAUCUCAAUCAGGGAUUUUUCGCGGCUUGUGAUGGUAUCUUCCUGAACUACACCUGGACCAGAAAGCAUCUGGAGCGAACGGAGAAUUUCAUCACCAACUAUUUUCCGCGACGAAAGCUGGACGUGUUUGUGGGAAUCGAUGUGUUCGGGCGUGGUCAAACCGCCAAACUUGAUACCCAUUCCACCUUGGCUGCCGUCAUGGAGUUCAAGUUCUCCACGGCGAUCUUCGCCCCCGGAUGGACGUACGAAUCACUCGAAGAAUCCAUGCGACGAGAUAAACUUGACCAGAUGCAGUGCAAUGAUCGAUUUCUGAAGCUGAACGAUCGCUUCUGGAAUCUCCUUUGGAAAUAUUUGUACGUUCGAGGUCCAACGGAGCUUCCUUUCUAUACAUCGUUCUGCUUGGGGUCUGGAAAAAUGCGCAACAGGUUGGGAAAAAAGCAGGACGAUUCAUGGUUCAAUCUGUCGCGGCAAGGCUUCCAACCGAGUAUUCCGUACGCGUCCCCGCGUGAUGGCCAAAUUGAUCCGAUCUACUGGACGCAAAGUUUUGAAACGGCUUUAGAUGGAGGGUCGUGUUUGCGAGUGGAGGAUAUCUAUCGAAACAGUCGACUGUUUGUGUGUGAUUUUGCAUGUCGGGAGGAUUUAGUUGUGGGAUAUGCGUUUCAAAGGAGCAGUGAUGUUAGUGCGGAUGUGAGGUUGAUCCUGAAGGCGUACGAUAAGCGGUAUUCCGAUUCGGUGAAGAUCGUUUGCGGUGGGGAAGAUUGCCAUCUUAGUGAGAGGCGAAAUGAAAUGAAGGCGCUGCUGUUGGAUAGUAAAGAUUGGCCUACGCUGUUGGAGUUGAAGGCACAGCUGAAGCUGCCUCUGGUGGAUGCGAUUAAUGGAUGGGAGAUCAGAUACUACUACCUCUCGUUCGAGUCCAUCGCCCAGCCGGUGUCGAUCGUGGACAUCGGAAUCGAACUCGUGAAAGAUGACCCCAAGGAGCACGUCCUGCUGGGGGCCAUUUCGCUGCAGGCCGGUUUCCCCGCCGGCCGCGAUCGCAUCAGGAAGCGAUCGAUCGUUACGUUCGGCGCUUGACGACACUGUUAUUAAUAUUUCUCCUCAGUAACCGCAUAGAAACAUUUAUCUACUUAUAGUUGCAUAUGUAAAUAGCUUAAGGUGCAGCAUGCACCAUGAAGCUGCAACAGCAGCAGAGCACCACCAGCGCAGAGCCGGCGACAUGGACCGGUUCUUCGUUGCGAUCGUGGGCAUUAUUGACGAACUACUGCCGUAGGAGGACGCCGAGAUGCUUCUCGGGAAGGUUAACCGCAUUGCUAGAGCGCUACUCUUCGAUGGCUUAUUAAUGAAGGUUAGUGUUCUUAUGUUUACUUACAUGUGAGUAUCUCGUUUGGCAUGAAAGUAAAAUCGAUGAUCAACGACCAAUCGAUCCCAUCGUGGUGAUUAAUUUACUCUUAUAAUUUAAUGUGCAGUUUUUACCAAACUAUAAUUUGUGUUACCGCAAUAACUGCCUUACUUAACUGCUAUGAUUAGCAUCAGUCUUAUCAAUAUAUUUGUAUUC